CGCGUUGCGUUUAGUCCUUGCCAAGCUCAACCAACUGCCGCGAAGCUGCAAAUCUAGCGCGCACAAGAAAUCGUCACGUUCGCGCAGUACUAUGGUUGAUUGAUUGUCGUAAAUGUCUUCAGAAACCGACAAGUCAUGGUCAGUCGGCGAUGUCGAGGUUGUCGGAGCCGGCUGGGCGCGCACCGGGACAGCGAGCCUUAAAAUUGCUCUGGACAAGCUAGGUUACAGGACUCAUCACAUGCACGAGGUGUUUGCGCACCAGCACUCCCAAGCAGCGGCCUGGGCCCAGGCGGCGGCCGACAAGGCCGCAGGACGGCCCCUUGACUGGACCUCCAUCUUGGGAGACUACACCGCAUGCCUUGAUUGGCCCGCGGCAGCCGUGUGGAAAGAGCUCCUUGCUGCAAACCCGAAGGCCAAGGUCAUCCUGACGGUACGGCACAGCUUUGACGUGUGGUACGACAGCUGCCUCAAGACCGUAUGGGCGGUCAUGGAGCCCGGGCUCAGCAUUCGGCCGCCGGUAACGCUGGAGCCCGUGUUUGGGAGCCUACGCAAAAUCUUCGAGGUGCAGGUGGACCUGGUGUGGGGCCCCAUCUUUGGGGGCCUCGAACGCUUCAAAGACAAGGAGCACGUGCGCAAGGCAUACGAGGCGCACCUUGCGGAGGUGAAGCGGGUGGUGCCGCCGGGCCAGCUGCUGGUGUGGAACCCAAUGGACGGCUGGGGCCCGCUGUGCGCCUUCCUGGGCAAGGAGCCGCCCGCGGACGGCGCGCCCUUUCCCUGGGUGAACGAGGCGUCAGAGUUCAGAAAGAAGAUAAAGGGGCUGGAGGUGCUGCAACGGGAGCUGGAGGUGGCGACGUGGGUGCAGUGGGGGCUGGUGGCGGCGGCGGCGGGCGUUGUGGUGGCACUCGUGGCGCGGUCACGCAGCUUGAGCCGUGCUGGCGGAACGUAGGUGGUGUGCUGCGCGGCAUAAGGUGUUACGCAAACGGAUGAAGGGUGUGGUGAACGAGAGUUGAGUGUGUGCGAGCAUGGGUGUGGGCAUGAUUCAACCCUAGUGGUCAGGCUGUGUGAAGAUACCCGCAGAUCAGCUC